GAGCGAGCAGCAUGAGACCAUAGGAUCAGCAGCUAGAGAAGAGAAAGGAGGAGAGGAGGAGAGAGAAUGUGUGGAGAAAGGCUUGCGCUUCAUCGCUUGUAUCCAGGGCCUUUAUGAAUAAACCAUGGGAUGUAUCGGCUCCCGAACCCUAACAGCAGAUGGAGUUCCCGUGCAAAAGGAUGGGGAACAGCAUGGCCGAACAGACUUUUCAUGGGAUGGAAUCAAUCUGUCCAUGGAGGACACAACCUCAAUCCUUCCUCGACUAAAGAAGCGGAACUCCGAAGCCUAUGGAAUUGGCGCUCUGGCUAAGUCAUCUCUGACAGGUGUGUCAGGAGUGAGUCGGUCUAUGAAGGACAAGGUGACGAAGCCGACAUUGAUGGCACAGGGACGAGUGGCUCACAUGAUUGAGUGGCAGAACUGGGGGAUGCAGACAGUGGGCGCAGGGGGCAGGGUAGCAGGACGCACCUCCAGCCUGCACCUCCAACAGGAGCGCAAGCUGGAGAACGAUGCUUACAGCGACCUCAGUGAUGGUGAGAAAGAGGCCCGCUUUGCUGCAGGUGUGCUUCAGCAGUUUGCCAUUUCUGAAGCAACGCUGCUGGCCUGGAGCUCAAUGGAUGGAGAGAGCACAAGCGUCGGGUCUAACCAAGGGAGCGUUGCCCACCUAAGCGAGACUAACCAGGAGAGCAUCACCAGCAGAGACCAAAUGAUGCAUCAUUCCUCUGCCGAGGUGUGGCCCCACAGUUACAUCUCUCAGGGUAUGUACUGCCUUUCCUCCUCUGAUGCUUGGGAGCCAAUCAGCAAUGAGCAGUCGGGCAUGGCCUCUCCCGCCACAGGCUCAUAUGUCAUGGCGCUGGGCAGCGAGGGUGGAUACGAUGCCAGUGCGGCGGCUCACUUCUUGUCCCAGCAGCAGCAACAGCAGCAGUAUCAGAACCAGAUACAGCAGAUCCAGCACCUGCAGCAGAUCCAGCAAUACCAGCAGCAACAGAUGCUGCAGUAUCAACAGCAACAACAGCUUUUGGAGCAAAGACUAGAGAGUACCAAUCAUUCUUUACAAGCUACACCCAACAGCACCAUCCACAGUCUGCCUCCCCUUAUUCAUCCCCCAUUGGUGGAUCUGUGGGGGGCGGGGCAGACAGAGACCUAUCAGGCAGACAUGGUUGGCUACAUGGGGAUGCCUGUAGCCGACGGAUUUGUAACCGUUCCCUCUACAGAGGAGGUGACAACAGACCACUCACCUUUACUGGAAGCACAAGAGGAUGAGAUCAGGGAGGAAGAUGUAACGUUAUAUAUGAAACCAGAACCAGUGACAUUAAUUCCAUCACCAGUAACCUCGACAGGAGGAGGCAGUCCGGGCCAAGCUCCCGGUGAACCGAUCACAGAGCGAAAGCCUUUUGAUGUCUCACCGUCUGUCAUUGAAGAGCUGGAAGAGAGGAAAGAGUCCGAAUCGUCACCGGCGGACGUGGCGGCAACCAACUAAAUGGCAGGAGUGACAUUUCGAUCAGCAUAAUGAAACAUGAUCAGUUCCUUGCUGAGAAAACAAACACUAUUUGAUGGAAUUUACGGGACUGCUCGAACUCAAAAUGGAGACGCAGAAGAAAUGGUUACUGCACAGCUUACGUGAACACUGUUAUGUUUUGUAAGCCUUAUAUUCUGGAUGUUUGAAAGGAAGAGAACGGGAUAUGGGAAAUUCAUGAGAGGGAGAGACGGAAAUAUCAGAAGAUCUGGAAGGAAUGGAGUGAAAAAGAGGGAAUAUGAAGAACAUUCAGUUAAAUGUGUGCAUGCUUUUACAACGAGUGCUAAACUCAAAAUAAUGACAGUGAAAUAUAGUGAUAAAACAACAUAAUGAUACAAAUACGGUUAUUUUCUAAUAAAACAACAAAAACUGAAUAUAUCAAUGUAGAAUUGCCAGUGAAACUAGCGUUUUCAACCCACACCCCUCAGACUAGAGGUCUGCGCAGGACAGUUUUUUUGUCCCGUUCCCACUAGGUUAUAUUCCGCUCCCGCCAUGUAUACACUCUUCUUUGUUUACCCGCUGUCUGAUUUGAAUCAAUUUCUUCCCGACCGUUCCCGCUAAAUUUAAAUAUCUUCCACAAUGUCACAUUUAAAUUUUCACUACUGAAAGAGAGAGAUAACCAAUAAAGCUGUAGGUUGUACACAAAAAAUAUUUAUUUGUAUUCGUCUUGUCAAGAUGCUUUUAACAUUUAGCCGUCAACACAAUUUUUUUUUAGCCUGAUUGUUAUUUUUAUUUAAAUUUCAAAUGUAAUUUUUUUUGCAACACAGCAGGAAAAGUGUAGCUGAGAAAAAGAAGACAUCUGUCAUUUAAAAUUAAAACCAAAAGAACAAAACCAUUGGCUGACCACUGCGAAAUUAAAUCAUCUUUUAACCUACAAUUUAACAAAAUCGAAUCUGAGGAUAGGCGCAGGCUCCCUGUGACCCGAGGUAGUUCGGAUAAGCGGUAGAAGAUGGAUGGAUGGAUGAAUCUGAGGAUCGUUAUGCAAAUGCUGCUUGCACGCACCUUGCAAAAAAUGCAUUACGCAAAAAGCAUCGGUCCAUGUUUGUAGCGCGUGCACAAUAGUCCUAAGUGCAGACUGUACUGGUGGUUGAUAAGAAUGAGUGCAGACAUGUAGUUCUGAAAGGACGCCCGUUCAAAUCACACUAAAGUUCCUGACCGCUACCGCAUUUUAUUCGGAAAUGUAUCCCGCGUCGCAAGAAAUCUGGUCGGGUCCUCUACCUCUACCUCAGACCCUCACAUAAAUUGUGUCUGCAACUUUCCAUAGAAAACACUUACCAUGAGAAACAAAGGUGCCCAGUGUGAUUUGACAAUAUCCAUUCUCUCUCUUACUCUUCAGUGCUUCACCACAGUUCUCUAUCUGCAAUGGAGCACGUUCAGAUUUGGUGUUGUCCUCUAUAACUAAAUUAAAUCACGUUGCAGUUGAGGGCGAACAAGCGAACCCGAAAACUCUUCUAUAAAGUCAGUACAUGACAACCGUGACCCGGGCAGAAUAAAAUUAGCAGAUAACAACAUUUAAAAAAGAAAUUUGCAGUUUUAUUACGCUGCUUUUAGACACACAAGUUACUGUGUAGUGUUUGUGGGAAGUCGGUCAAUUGAAACAAUCCACUGCAAAAUACAUGCUACACCUACAUAUGGUAUUUAAUACACCACAGACCUGAAAUAUACACACAAACUUCCAUAUUUAAGAGUUUUGUUUGGUCGGCAGGUUGAAGUUUUGCCCCUUCCAACUAUAAGGAAACAAGCAUAUUGACACAGUCGCACAUAUCCCAGUACUGUCCAGGGGCCUCAUUAGAGUGUUGCGAAGAAACCGUCCUAAAUUUUAUUUUCAGAUAAUUUCUUAAAGUGCGUGCGUGUGAUUCAUGGAACGAACGUUCUCUAUCGGAUGUGUAGUCUAUAAAUAUUGAAAUUUCGUGAAAAAAAUCAGAUUUUCGCUUUUUAAUGAUGUCUAUUAACGUCGUUGAUACAGUAUGUGAAAGAGCACCUGUCAACAUCCAAAUCCUUUACGAGCGGCAAGAAUGACCUAUAUUUCAGAAAACCUGCAGCACUCGGACAAGGCAAAGUGCACCCUGACGUGACGCUAAGCACUUUUCCACGUCACAGAGCGUUUUUAUAAAUAUGGAUGUUGCCGUGGAUUUUUGCACACUUUUCCAUCAAAUCUGUGCUUACACACGUAUUAUAAAUGAGCCCCUGGUUUGUUUCAUAGUGUGCAUCCUUCUCUGUGUGUCCUUUGGCAUGCAUGUGGUUUGUAAGUGUACUCUGGUGUCCUAUACAACAUUGUAUAGCUAUUUGCACUGGGCCUCAGUACUCUGAGCUGACCCUCAGACUGAUCUGUGAACUGUGUGUGUAAUGGUUUGGGUUGGUUGUAGUAAGGGGCCAGAAUUGCACCAUUGGAAAAAAAACGUAUUGCACUUGCAACGGUUAGCUGUGUGAAGAACAGAUGUCUUUUGGAGAUGGAAAUCAUAAGAAGAAUAUGAGAGAAAAGCUACACUUCCCAUUGUUCCGUUCCACCAUAUAGCCAAAAUGUUCAUCAUAAAUAUGGAUGUUAUGUGUUUAUAAUAUACUCAAAAAAUCUGGAAAUGUUAUUUUACAAGGCCAAAUCUUGGCAGAUUCAACUCAACUUGCAAUUCAUUCAAGAAACACACGAAUAAAUGUGUUUUCUGGGAUUGAACCCAUGACAUGUGCAUUGACAACAACAUUUUUAGAAACACAUGAGCAAAUUAUCAAAUUACACAGAUUACUUAAAGAAACAAUUUGCCCAAAAUGAAAAUUCUGUAUUCAUUUACUCACCCUCAUGUUGUUUCAAAUCUGUUUACAUUUCUUUGCUCAGAUAAACAGAAAGAUAUUUGGCAGAAUGCUUGUAAGCAAACAGUUCUUGGCCACCAAAAUUUUCUUUAUAUAUUUCUUUGUUCUGUUAAACACAAAAUAAGAUAUUUUGCAGAAUUUAGGAAAGCAAACUGUUCUGCGGCACUUUUGACUACCAUUGUCAUUUUUCCUGCUAUGAUAGUCAACGGUGACCAAGAACUGUUUGGUUACAAGCAUUUUACCAAACACCUUUCUCUUUGUUUAUCAGACCAAAUACAUUUAUACAAAUUUGGAACUAGAGGGUGUGUAAAUGAUGGCAGAAUUUUCAGUUUUAGGUGAACUGUCUCUUUAAUGUCAAUACACUGCGAGCCUCAUAACAUGAAAUUGAUUAGAAAUACUUAAUCAAGUAGUAUACAAUGCAAAAUUUUGUCUGAAGCAAAUUCACUCUGGUAACCUGUGGUUAUUUUGCAUUUAACUGUUUUUCUUUAGAGGAAAAAAUGUAUUCCAUUGCUACAGUUCUUUUCUUUAUAUAAAGUGGAAAAUAAGAACCCACACCCAUGUAAAUAUCCUUCAUCAAAGGAUCAAGAAAAUGUGUCCUUAUGUAAUGAGAAAGGGAAUGGACUUUGAUCCGUGUGACUUGAAAAUGACCUCAUGAAGAACUCAGGCCAUUUGGAAUUUCGAAACUGCACAGCGUCUUCCUGUUUGUCACGGUUGCUGAUUAUUACAGUCGCCGUGACGAUACAAACUCUGUGUUGACUGAGUGUUUGUGCGUGAACAGAUGUGAAACAUAUGCAUCCUGAAGCAGGAGCGUCUGAACGUCCGGUUCAGAAACAAGGAAGUACAGUGAUUACAUCAUUCUGCAUUGUGAUUGUCAUGCAUGAUUCACUACGGAUUUAAAAAAGACAACGGCGUCUACUAAACCGUUUCCGUGGAGGACGCAGUUCACCUUGACAAUUGUGUGCGGAGGAAAAACGAGGGUGAUAUGAAAUAGCAUUGACAUGAGGUGUUGACUUGAAUGAAUUUAUUUAUUGACUGAUUAUUUAUGCAACGUUGGGACAAUGUUUAUUUUUCUACAGAAUCGUGAGCAAUCCCUCCUAGUGUAUAUGUUGGGGUACAUAUUCAUUUACUGCUGAGCUUCUGAUAAGGGUGGAUUGUUGAACAUCUGUGGAAAAAAGCUUUUUCUCAUAAAAAACAAUUGAACAUUGCGUUUCUGUAAUAACAAUGUUUUAUAUUAACAUUCAUUAUCAAUACAUGUAUCAACUCAUUUAUUAUUCAUAUGGAGGUCAAUGUCAUCACGUAACAUUUAAAGAUGGCGUCCAUUUACUAAUCUUGGUUGCUCACAGUAAAUAAUAUGUACCCAUUUAUUUAUUUAAGAAUUGUAUAGCGGAGGGAUUUACCUUUGCAGCCUGUAUAAAACCUUUGUUAUAUCGCGAUAUAAAAUCCUUUGGUUGUAAUGGUGUCACUCACUCUCUCUGGUUUCGGUGAGAAUAUGUCAUGCCAACAGUCAUCCAUCCUCAGGAUCUUUAUCAUUUACUCAUGAAGUGAAAUGAUAGUCAAACAUAAAAGCUUUCCAUUCAUAAUGAGAGAUUUAUGUUAAGAAAUUAGCUGACAUGGUGUUCUAUAUAGAAGUUGUGGACUGAUGGUUGAGGUUCUUGACCCCUUAAGUUUGUCACUUCAAUCACAAAAUACGCCAAACUAGAGUUAACAAGAUCAUGAAUGUUUUUCCGAGCAAGAGCACUUAACACAGAGAUGCUCGAACAUGACGGCUGCUCUGCAUGCAAGCAUACUUCAAACAUUCUGAGGAAUGGAUCGAUGUUUGUGCUGUAUUUUGGUUUAUCGUUUCCCUUAAGUCGCAUUUAGUAAAGUUACAAUUCUUAAAGGCAAAAUAAGAUGAUCACUAAAAAAUGAAUUUUCUUAUAUGUGUAUCUGUUUGAAGCGAAAGUGCAUUUUUAAAGUACCACUUUUCUUAUUUUUUUCUAAGUGUGUACUCAUGUAUUCAUAUCAUUCUAUCAAUAUUUAAUAUGUAAUAUAUCAAGAUAUCAGCCCUAAAAAUGCCUCAAAGAUUUCAACUGUCUUAUCAAACCUACAUGCCAAUAACAAGUUGCCAGGUCAUACAACUGCAACCAAAGGAGUGAUGUCAUUUCCUGUUUUAUUGCUUUUUAUGUAAGAUAAGAAAUAUAAGAAUGAAUAAAUAAUACGAAAAAGCCAAAUGUAUUUCUUUGGAUGUAGUGGCUUAUCAUUUGUGUCGACAGAUGAUUUUUUUGUACGAUUCUACUGCCGUCUUUCACUACAAAACUGUCUGUUAGCAUGACACUGAAACUCUCCAUUGUUCUACCUCUCUCUCUUUCUGUGAACUAGUGUACUUGACUUUCUCUCUUCCUCUCUCAUCCCUUCCAAUGUAAUCUGUCUGUAACUCUAACCUCGUGUUGUCUCCUCUUGGUGGAAGAAUCGCAUUCAGAUAAAGUAAUACUUUGGGAAAGAAAAGCUGUCAUGGUGAAAUUUGUUUAGAAAUACUUGUAAAGGGUUCAGACUGUUUUUACAUGUUACAAAUGUGAGCUAUAUCUAGUCCCGAAAUGACACACUGAGUUUAUCAAGAUGUAAAAUAAGAAAGGCUCUGUGAUACGUACUGUAUAUCUAUGCAUGCUUUACUGAAAGUCAUAAUGGUUCUUCCAAUCCGUACUUCCUCUUACUUCAUUCAAUUCUGUCUCUCUCUAACACUUUCUCUCGUUUUUAUAAAUUUUCUUUUUCCUGCACGAUGAAAACACCUUCCUGAUCCUCAAGAAUAUUGAUAUUCCUCAUUUUCCCAACCAAUUAUGAAGAACAACGAAAUAAAUGAGACAAAGCAUAACUGUGCACUUUGUGUAUUCCUUAAAGGGCUGUUUGCAUUAUUUGGAGGAUCUAUUGACAGACAUG